AUUCGUGUUGACGUGCGCUGAUUGUGAUUUUAAUUCGGUCGUCCUUUCCGUCGUCGGGUUCUGCGGACAAUUUCGCGGGAAACACAAUUUAAUUAGUGUUUUUUUUCCUGAUUUUCAUUUCAUUUUAAGUUUCUAUCGCUUUCGGUUGAAUUUCGGUUUCGGGUUUCUUUUAUUUUCGUUUCGAUUGGCGCGACAAUUUGUGUUUCGGUGGUACGGCACAACCACUUCACUGACCUUGGGUUUGCGCGUAGCAGUUUAUUUCAGGGGAUCCGCUCCCUGGAUUUGGACCCCCUGAAGUGUGAUUGCGUAGGUUCGACGAACGCAGGAAUUCGGUCGGAAUUGAAACAGUUUAGUUGCAGCUGCAUCGCAAUGAGACAAAAAGGAUUCACCGAAUGGGGUGGGGACAAGGACCCCUGAGUUCAUUGACAAAUGGUGUGGUCUUUUACCCCAGGCGCGAGGUGUGUGCUGAACGAAAGUGAAAAUUUUCCGGAUUGUUUCGCUCCAUUCCGUUUCAAACUUCAACACACGCGUCGAUCGCAGCUAGCGCUGAUUUAGAAAGUGAUUUUUAGAGCACUCGUUUUCUGCGUAGAAAAAAGAAGCCAAAACGAAGGCCUCAAGGCUGCAGUGUGCGGAAUAACACAAGAAGUAACUAAGAAACAAAAAAAAAAAAAAAAGAGAGAGAUACAAACCUCGUCAAUAGAGAUGGAAAGUGAUUGAAAAUGAAUCUGUGAGUUAAACACCAAGUAUUGCCUACAUUUUCUGACCAACAAUAAGAGGAUUAUUAUCACGAUAUCGAGCUGCACUCAGCGCGGAGUGAGGAGAGAGGUGGGAGAAAAUCUCCAAAAAUUAAGUUCAGUGCUUGAGUACAAGUGGAAUACCGGUGGUAGAAAAAAACAAAAGUGAUAAAAAAGCAACAGGAAAACCCCCCACAAAGUGAUAAGUGCACAUUCAAUUGCAUCCUCUUUGAAUGGAAAAUCGCCUGUCGUUGCCGCCAAGGAGAGCAAAAAUUAUCAUCCGAUAUCGAUGAUCUUUGGAGAAAAAAAUUGAAAGUGUUACACACACGCACACUAGCAAUCGUGUGCACAUACGCGAAAAGAGAUCACGCGUUAGAGAUUGUAAAAGUGGAUUAAACACAUCCGCCGUGGGCAAAAGUGAUUGUGUGAAGUGUUAAAGGAGUGUAAAAUUAGCGGUAAUUUGCCGUCCGAAGGUGAGCGUUUGAAAGCAACAACAACAACAACAACAACAGCCACUAUAAAAAAAGUGAGUACAGUGUGAAGACAGUGUGAAAAGUCGUGACAUCGAGCAGAAAACAACCGUAACGGUGACAUACUUGACAAAGUGCGAAAACUGCGCCCUGAAAGUCGAAGGAACGCGGACACACAGCUCUUGGAUUAGCAGUCGAACUCAUCUGUUCCGGAUCGGCUAGGAGGAUAUCUACUGUUUGCCGUUGAAGCGGGCGGUGUCAUUAGUAGACGACGCCCGUAUAUACAAACACACUUGUGUGUACCUCUUCGCGCGCCGUGUCACCAAUGCUGAUUGUCAAGAUAUUUCAACCGUUCGGGUGAUGGAAGCGAAAGAACGAUUGCUACUCUAGUUAACCACGGCCACCAAGCUAUUCAAUCUGCAAUUUUACCAACAACCUCCACAAAAUUAGUUGCCUUAAAUGCAGCAAUGCUCAACAAGACAGACUGUGACUGCUGAAUUAUACCAACCAUCACAAUAAUUCAAGUUCACCUCUCGACUCAUCUCUACCUUUGGACGAAUGAAAAAUGAUCAUCGUAUACUGUUCGGCUGAAAAUUGUUUGCGAGUAGUAGUUAAACACAACACCUAUCCCAUCCGUUCGGUUAGAGCAAUCACCGGAAACCAUCGAACCAAGAGACGAAAUUUUCGUAAACACUAUGUUGCGGGUGAUAGCAGUUAGAGAGAAACGAAUGAGAUUGUAACCAAAAGGGGGUAACAAAGGGAAGGACCGACUAAGCGGGAUUUGGUGUCUAAACCUUACGUACCGUUUUGGUGUCGUUCCGUGGCAAACAUCUGUGAUAAUCAAGGCUAACACGAAAUUCCCAAUGGGUUAGAAAGUAAGCAAACCGUUUUGGUUCAUUCAACGUUUCGGCAAAAUUGUUCAAAAUUUUCAAAACCAAUGAAAAAGAAGAAAACAAGUGCCUAGCUACCAGCAGAAAGCAGAUAAAUAUGUGCAAAUAGAUGUGUUCAAAUAUUUCGUAUUUUUGCUACAGUUUACCGCUCGGGAUCUCUUUUAUGGUCGAAAGUUCUAUACAACAUAAGUGUUUUACCCCUGCAAGUUUACAUGCCGACGUUAUCCAUAUUAUAGCAAACCAACCACGAAGUUGUCCUACUGUAAAGCAAAGACUGGAGCUUUCGAACAGAAUUAUAGUACGCUAACCGCGUUGUGAGACCGGAAAAUCGCUGAUACCAACCGGUUCGAUUUUAUCGAGUGAUAGAAGCCCGAAUUGACUUAAGUGUGAUAUAACGAGCCUUACGCUGGCUUUAGCAAGUCUGCGAGGUGGCUCUGCCAUCGUGGCAAUGCCAUUUAUCGACGAUGACUUGUUGUGGUGUCCUGAGAACGAUGGCCGAAUGGUGGAUUUGCAGUCUUGCCUUCAGGAACCAAAUGGUAGCAACCAACAAUCAGACACUGGCGGCAACGGCUGUGAUUUGAAUAACCUGGAAGAAACGCUUUGUAACGAUUCAGAUGAAUUGUUACGACAAUUGACGGAAAACACCUUUGAACUCGAACAGUUCUUUCAGGACUUUCCCGUAACUGAGAUUAAAGUUGAGGAAAACAACAAUGACCUAAACCUCGAUGAGGAAACUAGUGGCCAACUUUUUCUGCAAAGCUGCAGCCAGUUGCUCUCUUCGGCUGCAGCGGUUGCAGUGGCAAACUCGCAACUCAAUGCCUUGGCAGGAGAAUGUGGCAAUCUGGGCGACGGUAACAGCGCCCUCGUACUUGCCAAUGGAACGAACAUGCUCGUACAGGCAGCCGGCGGUGGGGGUGCCGGUAGUGCCGAAUGUCAAUUGCAAGAACAGUUUCUGCUAGCGCAUGCCCAAGAUCUGCUACAGCAGCAGCAAACUCGCUUCCAGCAGUUGGCUACAAAUACACUGCUGGCUGAGAAACUGCUGCAGAAUCAAACCACGCUGACCGCCCUCGAUGGCGGAGGAUUACCGACGACGGUGACGACGGCCGCUCUUGGACUGGGAACGUCAAACCAGCUGCAUGGUUCGGGACGAGCCGGAAAGGCACCGGAUAUCGUAAUUAAAGGUAAUUAUAAGAGUCCGGACAACCUCGCUGGAGCGAACGUGAUAUACCAAGCUCUUUGAGCUGCCCUGAUGGUUCAUUCAUAGUUUAAAUCAUAGAAAAACCUUCGAAAAUUUCAACCUUUUGGGAUGGAUACAAUCCGGGUAAGUCUUUACAUAUAUUUAUAUAUUUCUAUCUAAACAGAAAUUGAACUGAUUUAUUUAUGCCUGCCACUUUAACUUAUUCGACAACUCCUAACAUUACCACAACAUAUUCUGUAACUCCUUAUAUCAAGAGUAGAGAUAUUGCUCUCCUGUUUCAAUGUAACUCACAGAUUAUAGCAAAAAGCAGAGAUAAACCAGAGUGAGACUAUUAUGACGGAAAGUGGUAAAUAAACAAAAAUGGGGAGAAAGAGAGGAAAAGAAACAAAAAAAAAACAAUACAGAAUCACAAAUGGAUAGGCUGGAGAAAAAAGAAUAGCCAAGACAAAGCGAUAGGCUAGAAAUAUUUGAAUCAGAGAGAUAUGGGUGAAUCGGAAAGAAUCAAAAUGAGAAAAUAUCAAAAAGGAUAAGUAGGAGACAGAGAAAAACGGAUUGGAGAGCGAAAGAAACCGAGAAAGAGGAGGAAGCUAAAAAGAAAGACAUGGGCGAAAUCAAAUGUUAAGCUUACUUACUAGAGACCUACUAGAAAGAGAGACCUACUAUAGAAAAAGAGACCUACUAGAGAGAGAGAGACCUACUACAGAGAGAGAGAGACACCUACUAGAGAAAGAGAAUUACUAAAGAGAGAGAGAGCCCUAUUAAAGAGAAAGAGACCUACUGGAGAGAGAGACCUUUUGGAGAAAAAGACACACCUACUAUUGAGAGAGGCCCAAUAGAGGGCGACCUACUAGAAAGAGAGAGACCUUCUUGAGACAGAGAUCUUCUAGAGAGAGAGACCUAUUAGAGAAAGAGACACACCUACUAGAGAAAGAGAGACCUACUAUAAAGAGAGAGACCUACUAGAGAGAGAGAGAGAGACUUACUAAAGAAAGAGAAUUACUAAUAAGAGAGAGACCUACUGGAUAGAGCGAGAGAGACCUAGUAGAGAAAGAGACACACCUACUAGAGAGCGAGAGACCUAGUAGAAAGAGAGACCUAUUAGAGAAAGAGACACACUUACUACAGAGAGAAAGAUCUAAUAGAGAGAGAGGCUAGAAAGAAAGAAAUAGAUAGAGUAAAGAGAGAAAAAGAGAGACCUACUAGAGAGAGAGAGAGACCUAUUAAAGAGAGAGAGAGAGAGACCUAUUAAAGAGAGAGACACACCCACUAGAGAGAGCGAUCUAUUAGAGCGAGAGAGAGAAAGGUUAGAGAGAGUAAUAGAUAGAUGGAGUAGAAAGAGAGGCAGAGCGACAGAAAAAGAGACAGAGAGACUGAAAAAGAGACAGACAAACAGAAAAAGAGAGACAGAAAAAGAAAGAGAGACA